AUGGCGGAACAAUCACUAUCUAUCCUCACCUGCACUGAAAUGAACGAACUUGAAACGCAGAUGGUUCACGUCGACAAUUUUGCUCGUUUGACCUCGUCGACGAGUGACGCAACACCCGACCCAGUGUCGCUCACAGGAGCCAUUGAUCCGAACGCUUCAGGAGUCUCCUCGUUUCAUGCAAUCGAGCCGCAGGAAAUCCACGACGCGAUGCUUCGUCAGGAUUCUACACUAGCAGCUGAAAGAGAUCCAGCAAUUGCAGAAGCUACGGUAAUUGAGCACGAUAAGAUGGACGUGGAUGCGAUUCCUCCGCAAACUGACCAAGAUCAGAUUUUUCCGAAGGAGAUUCAUGAAGCCAAAGAGACUCAACAAGCUGCGACCGACCAAGAGAUCCAUGAAGUCGCUGACCAGAAAGACUUCGGCAUGGAAAUGUCCAGCGCUAAGGAAGAGGUGAAAACGGAGCGAUGCAAUGACGCGGAAGCGUCAGCGGUGACAGAAGCUAUUGGAGCUGUGGCGACUGAAGCUACAGAAUCCACGGAGAAAGUUGCAGGUGACGCAGCGACUGAAGCUCCAGAAGCGGCGGCGAUUGAAGUCGCAGUAGUCGUGGCGACAGAAGCUGAAGGAGAAGCGGUAACUAAAGUCGAAACUGAGUCAGUUGACCAUGUGGAGAGACGAGUGGAAGAAGCGUCAGUCCCGGCUGGUGCAGCGAGCGAGGACGUGAAGAUGGAAGACGUAAACGACGGGGCCCACGGCACCAACGAUGCGGCUGACGGUAGCAAAGGUGCGGCUGACAGCAGCAAAGGUGCGGCUGACGGCAGCAACGGUGCGGCUGACGGCAGCAAUGACGCGAACAAGGAUGACAGCACCGGCGAUGUCGUCGCUGCGAGCGACAAGGAAGGCGACACUGCGAAGGACGACGCCGAAGCUAGGUCCGCAAAUCCCGCAAUGGAUGCCGACAACGCCGAUACUUGCAGCUCCCCUCGGCAGACGUUGCAAAAAGCACACGACGCGUCAGUGAUGUCGCCUCCUAGAGACCCCGCCGUCACCGCGCUUGGCGCUGAGACCAACAGCGACACGCCUCCGCCGUCAAAGCCUGGUGUCGGCACGCCGAGCUUCUCUGUGGGGACGCCGUCCGUUGCGGCGGAUACUCCGCGGCAACAGACUAUCAGCCCGGACAGCCAGUCCAGCCUGGUCGAUCCAGGCCUGGUCGCAGAUGAGAGCGCGGCGCCGUUCACCAUCAGCCAAUGGCAGCAGCUGGAGCAGCAAGCGCUCAUUUUCAAGUACCUCGUCUCCGGCGCCGCCGUCCCUCCCGAACUAAUCGACUCCCUCUAUUCCACAGCGGACUCGCCUCGCCAAUCGCUCGACGGCCCUGCGUCGUGGGCCACGCCGCUCAAGGACGCGGAGCCCCUCAGAUGCCGCCGCACGGACGGCAAGAAGUGGCGGUGCUCGCGAGAGGUACAGCUCAUCGCUUGUCACGCCACGAACCGAGCCGCUCUUGCGACUCCUUUCUCACGAUUCGGCGCGCGUGUGCCUCUUGUCCUCUGCACCGCGGUGACGGACCAGAAGUACUGCGAGCGCCACAUGCAUCGCGGCCGAAACCGGCCGGGCAAGUCGCGAAGGAUCAGCGACAAGGCGACGGCUGGCUCGUCGCUGUCCAUCCAGGCCGCGUCGUCCGAGGGGCCCAUGGGGUGCGUGGAGGGCACGUGCUCCGCCAUGACUGACACGUGCACCGACACGCCCUGCCACAAGGGGCUCGUGCCCAAGUUCGAGCUCGGUUCGGUGUCGAAGCUGGAGAUAGGCUCGGUGUCGAAGCUGCGGUUGAACACGGACGAUGUGGGUUCGACUGUUACGCGAUCCCCUCCGCCUCCGCUUGCGCUGCCCCCGCCCGCCCAGCCUGUCGGCGCGGACCAGGCGCGCACUCCCGCCUCCAAGACCUCGUACGUGCCGCUCUCUGUCUCUCCCCUCUUGCCCGUUCCCGUUUUUUAUAACACCGACCAGAGCCUUCCUUGUUAA